AUCUUUUGACUUCCGGUGCGGCCACGAAAGAGCACGUUUUUCUCGACUGUAGAAUAAAGUACAUUUUAAACAACAAAAUGGGAUUUGGAGACCUAAAAACUAAAUCUGGCCAAGACGCUCUAAAUAGUUUUCUUGCAGACCGCAGCUAUAUUGAAGGUUAUGAGCCCACCCAGGCAGAUGCUGUAAUAUUUUCAGCUCUAACAGGAGCCCCACCCUCAUCCCUACCCCAUGCUCUACGCUGGUGGAAUCACAUCAAUUCAUAUGGCAGUGAAAAGGCCAAAUUUACUGGUGAGAAAAAAGAUAUUGCUGCUUAUGGCCAGGCAUCUGGAGAUGCAGGUAGUAAGGCCGAUCCAGAUGAUGACUUUGAUCUGUUUGGUGAUGAUGAUGAUGAUGAAGAUGACGAGGAGGCAGAAGCUCUUAGAAAACAGAGAGCGGCAGAAUACGUAGCUAAGAAGGCAAAGAAAACUGCACUGAUAGCGAAGAGUAACAUCAUUCUGGAGGUGAAGCCGUGGGAUGACGAGACUGACAUGAAGAAAGUAGAAGAGCUCGUGAGGACAGUCGCUACGGACGGUCUGCUGUGGGGGGCCUCGAAACUUGUCCCAGUGGGCUAUGGUAUUAACAAACUGCAGAUAACCUGUGUCGUGGAAGAUGACAAGGUUGGUACAGAUUUCUUGGAAGAAAGCAUCACUGCAUUUGAGGACUUCGUUCAGUCAGUGGAUAUCGUGGCAUUCAACAAGAUCUAAGUUUUGAUCUUCUGUUACUGGACUAAAUUAAACAUCCUAUUUCUGUUA